AUGUACAGCUCUAAGUGCCUACGUUUAAAAAAAUCAGAGAGUGAGUUCCUGCGAGUUCCUUCCUGCUGUGAGCAUCGGGCCGCUGGCCUCUGGCUCCUGGCCUCUUCCCCUGUGCCAUGGCAAUCUGCGCUCCUGCCUCAGUCCAAGAAACCCAGAUCGGCUCCUGCCCCGAAGCUGGAGGACAAGUCGGCCUCUCCCGGGCUGCCGAAGGGAGAAAAAGAACAGCAAGAAGCAAUUGAACACAUUGACGAAGUACAAAAUGAAAUAGACAGACUUAAUGAACAAGCCAGUGAGGAAAUUUUGAAAGUAGAACAAAAAUAUAACAAACUCCGCCAACCAUUUUUUCAGAAGAGGUCAGAAUUGAUCGCCAAAAUCCCAAAUUUUUGGGUAACAACAUUUGUCAACCAUCCACAAGUGUCUGCACUGCUAGGGGAGGAAGAUGAAGAGGCUCUGCAUUACUUGACCAGAGUUGAAGUGACAGAAUUUGAAGACAUUAAAUCAGGUUACAGAAUAGAUUUUUAUUUUGAUGAAAAUCCUUACUUUGAAAAUAAAGUUCUCUCCAAAGAAUUUCAUCUGAAUGAGAGUGGCGACCCAUCUUCAAAGUCCACUGAAAUCAAAUGGAAGUCUGGAAAGGAUUUGACAAAACGCUCAAGUCAAACGCAGAAUAAGGCCAGCAGGAAGAGGCAGCAUGAAGAGCCGGAGAGCUUCUUCACCUGGUUCACUGACCAUUCUGAUGCAGGUGCAGAUGAGUUAGGAGAGGUCAUCAAAGAUGACAUUUGGCCAAACCCCUUACAGUACUAUUUGGUUCCUGAUAUGGACGAUGAAGAAGGAGAGGCAGAAGAUGAUGAUGAUGAUGAUGAUGAUGAUGAUGAUGAAGAGGAAGGCUUGGAAGAUAUUGAUGAGGAAAGGGAUGAAGAUGAAGGUGAAGAAGAUGAAGAUGAUGAUGAAGGGGAGGAAGGAGAGGAGGAUGAAGGCGAGGAUGACUAGCACAGAAGACUGAUGGAUUCCAGCCCUCUUUUUUAUUUUCUUUUUAUUUUUUAAUUUUCUCCAGUUCCUGGGAGCAAGUUGCAGUCAUUUCCCUCCCCCUGACCCCUCUUGUGCUCAGUAGCCCUGUUUUUGAGGUCUCUUCUCAACACCAUGGUUCUCAACCUAUUUUGGGGGAAAUACCUUGAACAAAAUACAACAGGAAAAGAAUCUCCACUA